AUGAGGCCACAGAACUCCCAGGGGCAGCGGAAGAAUGCAACGAAGAAGAAGCCGUCGCGAGUGCGCGUCACCAACAAAGCACUCGAGUCGCGGCAGUUCUCCACUGUUCGGCUCCCACGCACAAGCGAGGUGCCGGCACCUAGGGUAGACGUGAAUUCCAUGUACAAGGAACUGGCGUGCGGGUGCAGUGACGGCACCGCCGCCGCUUCAGCGCGCAGGUCGGUCAGCGCUGCUUCUGCCGUCGCUUCACCAUCUUCUUCCCUCGUGUUCGAUCCUAUCGUGAGUGACCCGAUGUUCACAAUUGUGGCCAAGUCCAAGUACUGGCCACCGCCCUUGCUGGAGGAGCUGCAUGCCAAGACCGGCCAUGACCAUGGUGACGGCUUUGACUCGUACGAUCGACGCGAGGAUGACAGGCAGGCGCGAAAGGAGCGGGUGAGGGCGAUCAAGGGAGAAGUCAACCACCCGCGUGGCAAGCCGCGGCAAAACACUAUAGUGAAGCUCUCGGAUGGCAGUAGCAGUGAUGAUGAUGGGGGUGAGCAUGGUGGCAGUUAA